CAAAACUAACAGUGCUUGAUUUUUUUUUUCAUUGGAACAAGAUGGAUUUUGGAGAGAAAAUUAAAAGUGAAUUUUUAUUAAACAAAGAAGUAAUCUUCCUUAACCAUGCAGCUUAUCCCUCGCUACCAAGGGACGUUUUAGAACAUCGUUUAAAGUUAAUCAGAGAUCAAGAAAGAGAUCCGGAAAAUUUUUUCCGAAAGCGAAUAUUCAAAAUGCACAAAAAUCAAGUUGAUUACAUAGCUCAAUUUGUGGCGACUGAUGCAGAAAAUUUAUGUUUGACUGAAAGUACUACUCAUUCGAUAAAUAGUAUACUAAUGUCGGUCCCUUUGAAGGCUGGAGAUACCAUUCUGCUACAAACUUUUACAUUUUCGGCUACAAGAAGAGCUACCGAAAGAAUUGCGGAUUUGAGAGGGCUUAACGUUAUCAGUUUGGAUAUUAAAUUGCCUAUUAAAUCUAUAGAUGAAAUUUUAAAUCUGUACGAAAGAAGUUUAAAUGAAAAUCCUGGAAUAAAAUUGGUUCUCGUAGAUCAUAUAUCAAGUUCUGUUCCAAUCUUGUGGCCGAUAAAACAAUUGGUGAAUUUAUGCAAAUCUAAAAAUAGAAUAGUAGUAGUCGAUGGUGCCCAUGGUCCAGGACAAGUUCAAUUGAAUUUAGAUGAUUUAAACGCUGAUUUUUACACUGGGAGCUUGUAUAAAUGGAAUUUUGUUCCCAGAGGCUGUGGACUUUUAUACGUAGAUAAGAAGUAUCAUAACUGCUUCUCAAAUAUUCAUACAUCCCAAAGGUUUGGUAGUAGGCCUUUUCAAAUACAAUUUAUUUUUUAUGGUACGAGGGACUAUUCACCAAUGUACUGCUGGGAUUCUUCACGAAAAUUUAUUGAUAAAUGCGGAGGAAACAAAAAGAUAGACGAAUAUAAUAAAACAUUGUUGAGAAAUGGUUGGCAAUUGUUGGUAAAGGCUUGGAAAACUGAUAUUUUUAAUGUUCCAGAUGAUAUGAGAGCACCAAGUAUGACAUUAAUAAAAGUCCCAAAACUGAGUCGAUUUAGCGCAGAAAAUUCAGUCGAAUUUGAGAAAAAAUUCCGAGAAAAAUUCAACAUUGAAGUUUUUGCUGUCUAUCUUUAUGGGGAAUUUUGGUUCCGGCUCUCCGUACAGAUUUAUAAUACUUUAAAAGAUUUCGAAAUUUUAAGAGACUCUAUAAACUCUCUUUUAUGAAAAUAGCCCCUUUUCUGCCAGUGAAUAUACAGUGAAGUUAGAAUACUGUAGUAGGUCACGAGUAUAUUAUUAUAGAUAAUAUUUCGAUUACAACAAAUAGAAAAAUGAAAUUUUAUUAUUUUUUAAGUUUAUUUAAGCCAAGGAGUUUUACUUGUAAACCUUUACUUGAUGUUUUCAUUCAAUAUUAUGAAAACUAUUAUACAUAGUCUUUUUGUUUACUAAAUUACAUAUACCAUAUAUAUGAACUAUAUACUAAUAUAUAUUUAUAUACAUAAUUUUGCAUUAUAAAGAAUAAAC